UGGCGUUACUGGUUUUUGGUGCCAGGAUGAGCUGAGAGAUGCUGUUCUGCUUGUGUUUGCCAACAAACAAGAUCUUCCAAAUGCAAUGAACGCUGCUGAGAUCACUGAUAAGCUGGGUCUUCACUCCCUUCGACAACGCCAUUGGUACAUUCAGAGUACUUGUGCUACAUCUGGGGAGGGGCUUUAUGAGGGGUUGGACUGGCUCUCGAACAACAUUGCUAACAAGGCCUGAAAAGUUAAGACAGGUGGUUUUGGUUUCUUGUGAUUUUGCGGCAACAGGGUUAUAGUUUUCGAAUGGUUGGGGUGACAAUGAUGUAGCUGUUACUAUCUCGUAAUGGAGUGCGUCGGGAAAGCUAUCAUACUAAUACACCCCAAUUACUUGUCCGACUGUUAUGAGUUGUUUUCUUGAUCCAAAUACAUGACAAACAUAUUGUGUUGUUCUCUUAGCCAUGACUAGUGAUAUGCAUGUCAGCCUGUGGAUUUUGAAUUCUAAUUUGUUGGAAUGGAUGUCUGGGAUUUGAAGAAGUGAAUUUACUUAAAGAGAACAGAGAUGUCAAAUUAGGAAUAUACUUCCUGGUAUGUUAAAAGUGCUC